UAGAACAACAGUGCAAGUCAAGAGGAAGUGAGUAUCUGCAGGUAAAGAGGAAGCCAGGUGAGAUAAUCCAACAUGUCAAGUGUUUGUUUGGACAAGUGUAGCAGCAGUGGAGCAGAGGAUUAUGGGAUUACAGCCGGUGUCGAUGGUCAUGUGAACCAGUGCGGUCAUUGCUAAACUCGUUCGGCAUCUCGCAGGAAGGGAAGCUUAGCCUGGCACUGGCAUGCAUUCCUACCCACACAUCUUUCCGUGUACUUGAUCACUCCUCCGGCUGCUUCCGCUGUGUCUUUUUCCAUGUCUUCACUAAUCCAUCAGAGUACUUGGAUUUUUCGAAAGAGGAAAAUGUUUGAAAUUCAGGUGAAGACACCCUGAAACCAUGUCCAGGCUGUGAGGAGAACCCAACCUUGGCUUUGAAACAUGGUUGGCUGCUGGAGCCUGAAGGAGUGAGACGCUGACAGCGAGCAGCUCCAAUGGCAUGGAACAACCCGCCACUCAAUCAAAAGCCAAAAUGGCCGCCAUUCAAACACAGGACUAAGCUACCACUCGUUUCUUGCUCUUCAGCUGGCCUACGAGGACAGACGACAGUUCCACGGACCUUCCUUGUCUUACUGCUUGCUGGCCUCAGUACGGCUGCUCCGCCAAAACAAGCGCGCCCGCCUCUCCUGUCCGGACAGCCUUUUAUCAUUUUUUGGGGCAUCCCAGAUUCCUCCUGCACCAUGAGGCCAGAUCCUGGUUCUUUUGGGAUGGAACGUGAGGGCCGUGUGGCGGUCUUCUACGAGGACACACUGGGAAGUUACCCGUAUUUUAUCGACAAAGACACAAGGGUUAAUGGGGGUCUACCGCAGCACACGCGACUGGACAGCCAUCUUCAGAAAACUCAGAUGGACUUAGAUGCAGCUUUGCCUACGCCCAGGUACCUCGGCCUGGGGGUGCUGCACUGGGCUGAGUGGCUACCGCAGUGGUUGAGGAAUCAGGAGAAGAAGGCCAUGUAUCAAGAAGCAUCGAGGAACUUGCUGAAAACUUUCUUCCCUAACUGGACAGCAGAGGAGGUGGAGAAGUGGUCACGGGUGGACUUUGAGGCAGCAGCCCAGUCCGUCAUGAUGGAAACCCUGAGGGAGAUAAGACGGCUGCGACCCAAAGCGUUAUGGGGCGUCUCCCCCUACCCCAGCUGCUACAACGGCGAUUCUGCGUUAACCGCGUUAGCCAAUUACAGCGGCCAGUGCCCCCCUGCCGAAAAGGCCCUCAACGACGAGCUGCUGUGGCUGUGGAAGCGAUGCUCUGCCCUAUACCCUCUUCUCACCCUUGAAAAGCUACAGGGCGGAACGUCCGGAGGGAAGCUUUAUUUGUCCAGUCAAAUCCAGGAGGCGCUACGAGUUUCCUCUUUGGCCGGAGUGUCGUUCGACCUUCCUGUGUUUCCACUGGUCAACAGCGUGUACGCCUCGACCAACACUUUCCUUUCUCAGGCAGACCUGGUCAACAGCAUUGGUGAGAGCGCUGCCAUGGGAACAGCCGGGGUGGUCAUCUGGCAGAGAAGCGAGACCAGGACAGAGAGAGAAUGUCAGGACCUGGGAGAGUUUGUCCGCAAGGUCUUGGGACCAUACUCCAUGAAUGUAACCACGGCAACCGGGAUCUGCUCAGCCUCCCUCUGCGAGGGAAAAGGCAGAUGCGUACGUCAGAAUCCAGACAGCUCCGCCUACCUCCACCUUCCGCCACCCGCUGACGUGAUGGAGAAGGCAGACGCAGCCAAAGCCACAGACAAGCCCGAUCCAGACGUUAAGGCAGCUGAACCGGACCCAGCUGAGAUGUGGAAGAAAGACUUCCAAUGUCAGUGGUACAAGACUUCAGAUCGAGACGUCUCAGAUCAGCAGUCCCCCAAAGACGGAAUCUCUGUGGAUGGGACGCUUGAGCAAAUUUCCGGAGAGCUAGCAGGGACUUCUGCGACCUUGACAACAGAUUCCAUAACAAAGGGUGCCUCGACGAUGGAGCCGAGUGGAAGCACGUCGGCCCCACUGGCUUCGCACCGUUGCACCGUUUUGUUAAUGCUGGUGACUGCGCGUCUGUGUGUGAACUGA